GCACAGACACUUCAUCUACAGAGUGACACCGUUCCUAACACACUUCAUAAGGAUUACUUUAUGUCUCCUGUAUCAGAAUCCACCAACAUGGUUGUUCCAGGAACUCAAGAGCCCGAGGAGAAGAUAUACUAUCCACCGGAUGGCCUGUUUUCAGAUGCACAUGUGCCAGAUUUUAAUGCAUAUCUUUCCCUAUACAAAAAGUCUAUUGAAGAACCUGAAGAGUUCUGGGGGGAUGUUGCUCAAGAGUUUUACUGGAAGAAGACCCCGUCAGGCCAGAUGAUGCAGUAUAACUUUGAUGUAACCAAGGGAGAAGUUUACAUUAAGUUCAUGGAGGGUGCAAAAACCAACAUUUGCUACAAUGUUCUCGACCGAAAUGUGCAUGAAAGGAACCUGGGCGAGAAAGUGGCGUACUACUGGGAGGGAAACUCACCUGAUCAUCACCUGACGAUCACCUACAGCCAACUGUUGAGACAGGUGUGCCGAUGUGCUAAUGCUUUAAAGCUGCUGGGUGUGAAUAAGGGGGAUAGAGUCGCUAUCUACCUUCCCAUGAUUCCAGAGCUGGUGUACACAAUGCUGGCCUGCGCUAGAAUUGGUGCUGUCCACUCGAUUGUGUUUGCAGGCUUCUCCUCUGAGUCUCUCUGUGAGAGAAUCAUGGAUGCUCAGUGCAAAAUCCUGGUAACGGCAGACGGUGUGAACAGAGGGGACAAGCUGAUCAAUUUGAAGAAGAUUGCGGAUGAGGCUUUAGAGCGUUGUAAGGGGAGCACGACCUUCUCUGUUCAGAAAUGUGUGGUGGUGAAACAUCAUGGCUUAAUAACAAACAGUGAUUCUUCCAACAAACUACAGACACCAUGGGAUGCAGAGUGUGAUAUAUGGUGGCAUGAUCUUAUAGACGGUGCGUCAGAUGAGUGUGAACCGGAGUGGGUGGAUGCUGAAGAUCCUCUGUUCAUUCUGUACACCAGUGGAUCUACCGGCAAACCCAAGGGGGUUGUCCACAGCGUCGCUGGUUAUAUGCUCUAUACAUCACUGACCUUUAAGUAUGUUUUUGAUUAUCACCAUGAUGACAUUUACUGGUGCACUGCAGACAUUGGCUGGAUCACAGGCCACUCCUACAUCACAUACGGCCCAUUAGCCAAUGGAGCGACGAGCGUGCUGUUUGAAGGUGUGCCGGUGUAUCCACAUGUGGGCAGAUUGUGGGAGAUUAUUGAGAAAUAUGGAGUGUCUAAGUUCUACACGGCGCCCACUGCUAUUAGACUGCUGAUGAAAUACGGCAAAGAGCCACUACAGCGGUAUGAUUUGUCCAGUCUACGUGUGUUGGGUACAGUUGGGGAACCCAUAAACCCAGAGGCUUGGCUUUGGUAUCAUGAGGUUGUGGGGCAGCAGCGCUGUCCGGUUAUCGACACAUUUUGGCAAACAGAGACGGGCGGCCAUGUUUUGACCCCACUUCCUGCUGCUACACCACUGAAGCCGGGAUCUGCUACAUUCCCGUUUUUCGGAGUUCAGCCCGCCAUUCUUAAUGAACAUGGAGAAGAAUUAGAGGGGGAGGCGGAGGGAUACCUGGUUUUCCGGAAGCCCUGGUCUGGAAUGAUGAGGGGUGUAUACCAGGAUCAAGAACGUUUCGAAAACACCUACUUCAGAAAAUUCCCAGGAUUCUAUGUGACAGGAGACGGCUGCCGGCGUGACAAGGACGGAUAUUACUGGAUCACGGGCAGAAUCGAUGACAUGCUCAAUGUCUCUGGUCAUUUGUUGAGCACGGCAGAGGUGGAGGCGGCUCUGUCUGAGCAUCCAUCCGUUGCUGAGGCCGCGGUUGUCAGUCACCCACAUUCAGUGAAGGGAGAGUGUAUGUAUUGCUUUGUCACGCUCAAAGACCACCAAGAGUUCAACCAUGCGCUCAUGGAGGAAUUAAAGAGGAAAGUGAGGGAGAAGAUCGGACCAAUAGCCACACCAGAUUUCAUCCAGAAUGCCCCUGGUCUCCCCAAAACACGCUCAGGUAAGAUCAUGCGACGAGUUCUUCGACAGAUCGCCCGCAACGAAAAGGACCUGGGUGACCUCUCAACCCUGGCUGACCCCCAAGUCGUGGAAGUUCUGUUUAGCCAAAGAUGUGAGGCAGCUGCAUGAUAACGGACUAAUUUCCUUGCUCUGAUGGUUUUGAUGCCUCAGUGACCCUGUGUGUGCUCGCCCAGGGUUAAAGACUUUGGGUUUGGGCUUGGAAUGGGCUCUUAGAUCAGAUCUUAUGGGGUGUAACUUUCAAACCUCUGCCCUAAAUACAGAACAAAAACGGCUGAUUACAAAUCACAAAUUAUAUGUCAGCUCUUCAUGAAACCCUGGGUUACAUAUGUCAUCAGGACAAACUUACUGCAGUUACCAAUUCAUUUUGUGAGUUGAUACUUUAUGGAAUGUUUAAGUCUUCUUUAUUUGUUUGUUGCGAGUUAAAUCUCUGCUCAUAUGAAGGAGUGUUUGGUUUAUUUUUUAGGAACUGGUUAUAUAUCACAAACUUUGAAACAUCAUGAUGUUGUUCACACUGUAGAGAAAAUGUAUCUACUUUAUCACUAUUCUGAGCACAUUUUCUGAGUUUAACAGUAAUCACUGGACUGAUUGUUGUGUUUGUGUAGUAGUGUCUAUGAAAUAAACAUUUCUGAUAAGGUCUUGCAGUCAUUUGCAUGGCUUAUCAGUUAAAAACAGUCCAAUUAUGGUGAAAUAUUAGUGUUUUUUUUUUUUGUUUUUUUUUGCCAAAACAAAUGUUGAUGUUACUAUUGCUCAUACUUAGGGACCUAAAUUACUUAAUAAUUUUACUUAACCUGAAUUAUUUACUUUAUAUAAUUGUACAUAUGUGAUUAUAUAAAUAUAUGAUUAUUUAUUAAGCAGUACCCCCUGAGAUAUUAAGUACUGUUAAAUGAAUAUUUCAAUACAAGUAAAGCUCAAAAGAAUAUUUUAACUAGUCCUUCAUUUAUUAAAAAAAAUAAAAUAAAUAAAAAAAUAAUCACAGUUACAAAAAGGAACUUACAAUGGAAGUGAAUGGGGCUAGUCCAUAAACAUUAACCCUCCUAUGGUAUUGAAAAAUGGCACCUCCCUUUAGUAUUCGCUGUCAUAUUUGACCGGAAGGUUUAGAUGUGUAAACCUUUUUUUUAUGAUGAUAAUGAUGCCAUUUCUUUUUUCCCUGAAGUAAGAUCAAUAAACUGAUGCAUUGCUUUGGGGAUUUUAUGCUAUUUUGAUCUUAUUUACAUGAACAUUUCUACAUUUUACCAUUAAGUAAAAAAAAACAAACAAACAAAAAAAAAACAUUAAUUUGAAUAUAUACAAAUAAGCAAAUUCUUCACAUUUUUUGAAACAGAAAAUAUGAGAAUGUGACAUACAUUGGAGGCAGAUUGCUGCCAUCUGGUGAACAAAUAUAAAUAACAUGACUUGAAAACCAUGUCAUGACAGUAAUAGCUAGUAGAUGACUGCAGUUUAGCAUUUUAGAACUGAAGUGUCAGUUUUUGCAGUUAAUGUCAUUAUGCUUGCAAUCAAGACAGAGAAUAAGCAUUUUUCUACCAAUAAUUUAUUUCAAACAUAAUGCAUUAACUCAAAGAAAAUGCAUAAUAAUGUCCAGAAAAUGAACAUCAGGAAACAGAAAUUAACUGCAAAAUUCUGAAAAUUCAGUGAGUAUAAAACAGAAGAAUCAGAGUAAACAAUUUGCAAUUUCAAACUUUCUAUAGUAAAGAUUUAUUUUACAAAUGAAUGUGUGUGUGUGUGUGUGUGUGUGUGUGUGUGUGUGUGUGUGUGUGUGUGUGUGUGUGUGUGUGUGUGUGUGUCAGAUUGCUGUCAUCAGCUGGAGAACAACAGAUGACUUGUAAUGCCAACAAUGACCAAAAGAUGGUUGUAGAGCUCCACUUAUUGAUGCCCUGGUUCUGUGCGUGUGUUCUGCAUUGUGAAUGUGUUAUUGUCUCACCCCUUCAUUUCUGUGUGUGUGUGUGUGUGUGUGUGUGUUUAGCAUUCUGAAUGAUUUAUUGGUUUUUCUGAUAAAUGUCAAAAAAUAAGCUCUGUGUUAUAGUCUCACCAGUUCAUUUUUGUGUUUGUGUAAGUGGGUGUGUAUGUUUUGCAGGAGGAUGUUUUAGAGACUCACCCUGAAAUUUCUGUUUGUUUUUUCUGCAUUGUGGCUGAUUUAUUGAUUGUAUUUGACAAAUAAUAAUAAAAAACUGUUCUGUU